AUGGUGAACACAAGAAGCGCCUCCAAGUCAGCCUCGGUAGCCGGUGCCACGGACAGCACCGGUACUGAGGCCACCGCGACGACGGCAACCACGAGCAGCGGGGAUACCUACACGUCGACGGGAGCAUCCACGGACACAUCGAACGAAGCAUCAAGCACUGCGGCCGCCUCAGAAGUCACGGCGCCCGCCUCCGCUACAGCCCGUGUCCCUGCCCCCGCGCCCCCCGCGCCUACCCCUGCGACGCCGAAGCCCGUCAAGCCGCACACGCCACGUCGCGCAUGUUCAAAUGCGUCUUCAAAGGGUCGCCGCCGGGAGUUGCUGAAGGCCAAGGAAGAGCUUCUAAAGAAACAAAUGGAGUUAGCCGCCGUACGGGUGGCCAUGCUGGAAGAAGAAACGGACGAUGAAGAAGAAGAAGACGACACCUCCACCAUAAGGGGUGUCCGCAUGUCCGAGUGGGUACAACAAAGUACUCUCGCGCUGACCAUGCAACCACAUCACGCCGUGCCGAGAGAAGACGCCGGAGCGACAGCGGGCCUCCCACGCCGGACAUCGAUGCCAGAGCCGCGCAUCGAAGCCAGUCCACCGGGAGCCGCACUGGAGAACGCCGCGCCGCCGUCUGCACGUCGUGAGCCGUGUCCCAUGGGUGCCGACGAGCCGAGAGUACAGCUGCCACCGAACCCGUACACGUCAGGGCCGCACGUGUACGAGCCGCGUCCGGUGCAGCAUCGCUACGACCCACGACCGAGCGCCUUCGACUACAAGGAGCUAGCCGAAGCCAUCGCCCUCGCUGCACGUGCGCUGCCGUCGCCGCCUCAACAUGUCGCCGCGCCGCGCCAUGUCAACGAGCUACCAACGUUCAGCGGGGCAUCGAGUGAUUGGCUGCCAUUCAAGGCGGCCUAUGAAGAAUCUGCGCAGUCCCUCACGGAGCAAGAGAACCUGUCUCGACUGCGCAGAGCCAUCAAAGGAGCAGCGAAGGAGGUCGUCCACUGCCUGUUCAUCGGGACGCCCUCUACGAGAGAAGUGAUGGAGCUGCUGUCUGCGCAAUUCGGGAGGCCGGACGCACUCAUCAUUCACGAAAUGGAGAAGCUGCGCAGACUACCGAAGAUCGUCGACACUCCGAAGGCCAUCUGCGACUUCGCCGCGACAAUGACCAACGCGACGGCCACAGUGGUGGCAUUGAAGAAGGAGCAGUACCUACACAAUGCGGAGAUCGUCAACAACGUCGUGGAAAAGCUGCCGGCCACACUGCGCAACGAGUGCUACACCUACAUCACCGAGCAGCCUGAAGACAUCCCCGACCUAGUGAAGCUGACGCAGUUCGCCAAGCGGGCCGCGGCACGGUGCAGCCGCUUCGCGCCCAUGGACAUCGCAGCGAGUGACCGGCGGGAGCCCGCGCCAAAGAAGACUGCGCGCACGUACCACGUCGACACAACUACAGCUGCGAAGCCUGCGUGCCCCAUCUGCGGCGAGAAGCAUGAAGCUGCCGCCUGUCCGACACUGAAGCGAGCCGAAGUACCUGCGAGGUGGGACAUAGCGAAGAAAUACAAACUAUGUUUCCGCUGCAUGAAGAUCCGCAAGUACCGACACUCCUGCAAGCCGAAGCAGUGCGACAAGGACGGGUGUACCUACAUGCACCAUCCGCUGCUGCAUGGCGGUACCUACGCAUCGACCGCCAGUACGCAAGUCGUCCAAGAAUCUGAAGCGGUAACAACAGCGCGAGAAGAAAGAAGUGCAACGGGGCUCCUGAAGAUACUACAAGUACGAGUCACCGGGCCAAAGGGGUCGCUCGACACCUACGCGCUACUAGACGACGGGUCGACGUGCACACUCAUCGAGUCAGCAGUCGCGCAGCAGAUCGGAGCAACGGGACCGCCGUCACCCUUUUACAUAGAAGGGGUGUCGGGCAUGAAGAUCGACGCCAGUGAGUCGCGCCGAGUCAACUUGAAGAUCUGCGGGCGCAACACGAACGAAGUCGACAUCUGCGCGCGCACAGUGCCGGACAUCGGUGUCUCGCCUCAGACGGUGCCUGCGGGGAUCAUCGAGAGCUGCCCACACCUGCAGGACAUCAAGGAAGACAUCCUCUACGAGCGAGGCGCCGCCACCAUCCUGCUCGGGCAAGAUAACUGGGAGUUGCUGCUCACGCACGCUUUCAAGUCGGGUGCGCGCGGACAACCUGUGGCGUCACUCACGACGCUCGGGUGGGUGCUACACGGCGUGCAGUACCGACAGCCAGCAGUGCAGCGCGUGCACCACCUCACGGUGCAGCCGCUUCAAGAAGAGACCAUGGAGAAAUUGAUGCGGGACCACUUCGCACUCGAGUCGCUGUGCGUCGACAAGAAGAAAUCAUACACAGAGGCCGAGCGACGCGCGCUUACGCAACUAGAAGAAAACACGCGCGCACUACCGGCGGGAGGCUACGAAACAUGCCUCCUGUGGAAAGAAGACGACCCUCGGCCACCAGACAACUACUCGAGUACAAUGAAACGACUCGAGUUACUCGAGAGGAAGCUGGACAAGAACGAAGCUAUGAAGACGCGGUACAACGCACAGAUGCAGGUGCUGCUCGACAGCGGCUACGCUGAGGAGGCGCCGCGUGAGAAGAACGAGAAGAUCUGGUACCUGCAUCACUUCGCUGUCAUCAACCCUCAGAAGCCGGAGAAACUAAGGAUCGUCCACGACGCCGCCGCUCGAACGAGAGGGACAAGUCUCAACGACAUGCUGCUGCCCGGCCCAGACCUCCUGCAGUCACUCCCGGGGGUCCUCAUGCGGUUCCGGCAACAUGCAGUGGCGGUGAGCGCGGACAUAAAAGAUAUGUUCAUGCGCGUUCACAUCCGAGAAGAAGAUCGCGACAUGCAGCGCUUCCUAUGGAGGAGAGAUCGACGAGCAGGCCCGCCUACCGAGUAUCGCAUGAAGAGCGUCAUAUUCGGUGCGACUUCAUCACCGUGUACGGCUAUUUAUGUGAAAAAUAGCAACGCCGAGCGCUACAAGGACAUCUACCCGGAGGCAGCCGAGGCCGUGGUAAGAAAUCACUACGUGGACGACUACCUGGCGAGCUACGAAACAGAAGAAGAGGCGGUGCGCAUCUCCACUGAAGUCAACAAGAUACAUCACUUCGCGAACUACGACCUGCAAAAGUGGACGUCGAACAGCCGCAUCGUGCUCGCUCAGCUGUCGUCAUCUGAAGCUGAAGACCCUAGACUGCUGCAACUGGACCCGGGGAAGUUGCUAGGCAUGGUGUGGCACCCGGAGGACGACACACUCUCCUUCAACUUGAACAAACAUCGCAUCCCCGAGGCAAUACUGAGCGGCGAGCGCACACCUACGAAGAGAGGAGCGCUGCGGACAGUCAUGUCGAUCUACGACCCGCUCGGACUCGCCACGCCAGUCACCGUGCAAGCGAAGCGCAUCCUGCAGGACGUCUGGCGCUCCGGCAUCGACUGGGACGCGCAACUCGAAGACAACGAAGCACGAGCAUGGAGGAGCUGGAUCGAGCACGCGCAACAGCUCCCGCGCCUCGCCGUGCCGCGCUGCUACGCCUCAUACAGCGGCGCGGCCACCCGCGAGCUCCACGUCUUCGUCGACGCAAGUUCGUCUGCAUAUGCUGCUGUCGUCUACUGGAGGGUCGUCGAUCAAGAGGGAAACACACACCUGUCACUCGUCAGCGGAAAGGCAAGAGUCGCACAGCUCAACAAGGUGGUCUCCAUCCCGCGACUCGAACUGCAAGCGGCCGUGCUGGGAUGCCGCCUCGCACAAGCCGCCAUCGAAGAACACGACUUGAAGCCGAGUCGUCGAGUGUACUGGUCGGACUCAAGAACAGUACUCACGUGGCUACGAAAUGGCCCACGUACCUACAAGCCGUUCGUAGCACACCGCGUAGCCGAGAUAAGCGACACUACGAAAACAAAGGAGUGGCGCUGGGUACCUACAAAGGAGAACACAGCCGACGACGCAACGCGCGACACGCCCCCGGACUUCAACUCAAGUCACCGGUGGUACCGCGGCCCCGCCUUCCUAUACCUACCGGAGGAGCACUGGCCGCGAGAAGAGAAGAUCAUCGAAGAACACACGGGGGAAGAGCGAACACUCGUCACUGUCGCCGCCACACGCUUGUCUGAGGCCCUGCCAGACAUAACUCGCUUCAGUAACUUCAUGCGAGUUAUUCGAGCGACGGCACGGGUACUACAAUUCAUCGAGCUACUACGUGCGAAGAAACAAACAGCGCACUAA